UGGUACUCCUGGGAGCGACUUGUCACGGGCAACGAUGGUGAACUGCCGCAUGUCGGCUCCUUCCUCAUCGGCCUUGCCUUCUACGUCGCAAUUGCAAUCGCCUUUGCUGGUCUCUGUUCCGCCUUUGUUGGCAUUCCCGAGGUUAAGACCAUUUUAGGCGGCUUUGAGAUUCGCAACUUCCUGGAGCCCUGGACCCUGGUGGUGAAACUGGCCGGUCUGCCACUCUCCGUCGCCACCGGCCUCUGCAUUGGUCACGAUGGUCCGAUGUUAAACAGUUUGGCCGUUGAUUUCGACGAUAUCCACUGUAUGCUCUAA